AUGACUAGCUCAGCAAAAUCCAGUUCAGAAUCUACUAGCGGUUCAAUAUCAUCAUCAUCAGCGGCCGGAACGACGAGUCCAAUCACUCAACAAUUGGAUAAACGUCUUUGGCGUUCAAUAGAUUUUUUGCAUUUGAUCAGUAUGAUAUUUGCCUUGUAUACGGCGAUUAUUGUUGCCAUAUUACGAAAUGAAUUAUUUGAACAAUGUCCAUUGUAUGCUAAACUUUAUCUUCGCGAUAAUGCAACAUAUUUCUCCACCGAGACAAUCGACCGACAAACCGUAUGGGGUAGUGUUUAUACAUGUGAAUUUGCCUCGUUUGCAUAUCUAUCUGCAUUUGUUCUUUCAUUUAUUUCACUUUGGCUUCACAUUGUUUUUCGACGACUUAUUCGAACUGACCGUUUGCUUCGUUUACCGAUAGGAAUAGUAAUAUUAAUAUUUACUCUUGUGACAAUUUCAGCAACUAUCGUCGUUACUGAUGGUGUUAUCAAGUUUUGUUUAAAUAGUCAAAAUGUUAUCUGUUCGUCAGGAGAUGAAGAUCUGUUCGCACGAUCACGAUGGAAAAUCUUCACUUUACCCGCUGGUGGUUGGUUAACAUCAAUAUCGAUCUUAUUAAAUACAAUCGCUCGUCUAUUUCAACUUUUUGUUAAACCGAAAAAGUCAUCUGAAACAUUGAAAACUCUUGUUCAACAAUUGAUGACAAAAAAAUAUCAAAAUAAAGUCGAGAAAGAAUCCAGCGAAUAUGGGUCACAGAUCUCGCAGUCAUCUCGAGAACAAAUGCGCUCACCAACACCGACACGUCGAUACUCAUCAGAUCAAGUUCACAAUCAUGAACUUUAUCCUUACUAUCACCCUUCCAUUCCUCAAUAUCGUCAAAUCAAAAAACGAUCCUGUUUUCAACGCUUCUGUUGCCCGUGCUUUCGCCGUCGCCGACGACAACGCUCGUUCCAUGAGGUAUACCGUCCACCUUACGUAAUUCCUGACGAAUAUUUCCAUCGAUUGAAUCACUUGAGACAAAACGGUAGCGCUUCACCCAAUUAUUGCCACCAUCAUUCGAUGCGUCAUCCUGUGGAGCAGCAAACUCAAACAGAUACGGACUACCAACCUAAAAGUAUUGAACCGGCAAAUGAAACACCUUUUGUCGGACGACGUCGUAGUUCUGUUCGAUUCGAAGAUGAAACACCACCGACACCAAUUCCGAUAAUUAAAGAAAAAGUAGAACAAAAGCCAGAACCGGUCGCUGAAAAUGACCUACAAAGAAACGUUUCUUUUCGAAACAACGAAGAUGACCUUUGGACAACUAUCACUAUAAAUACCAAGCAAUCUGUGCCAAUCCAAUCAAGCCAUUUCAAUCGACUAUCAUUAGAAAAUCUAUCCUGUAUUAAUACAUCGAUAUCAAAUAAUGACAAUGGUGUCACUGCUAUACAAAUCAAUAGUACACCUUGCACGGAACCAAAACAAGUAGAACCCAAUGAGAAAGAAAUACCAGCUCCACCGCCUUUGUUACUUCUUCCAUCUUCAUCAACGACAACAAGUUUUCUACGGAAUCGACAAAAAUCACAGAUAUGUUCGAAACCGUUACGAACUCGGUACAAAUCGCCACCAGCGCCCCCCUCACGAACUCUAACCACAUCAAGUGAAGAUGAUACUGAUCUACGAAAUAUAAAGCCUGUUGAAGAAAUUAAUCGACUAGUAGCUGAUAAAUACAAUUAUAACGAUAUAUCCAAAGCAUUGAAAUCGAACGUAGAACGCUUGAAGAGCACAUUUCUUGCUCAAGAAAAUCAAUCUCAUUAUGAUAAACCUAGACAUAUUCGUUCGAAUGCGAUACAGAAAACCCACGAACAUUCGAGUGAUUGUUAA